AGUUAGGGAGUGCUGACAACAACUCUUGAUGCAGCAAUCGCCGAGAGGACCGCCAACUGGCUGGGGGUGCAGAUCCUCAAGAAGCGCAUGGACGAGGCCACGCUGGCCGAGAACUUUGCCGACUCGGCGUACCACUGCGAGCACCACAACAUGGACCUCAACAGCGUCGGCAAGUUUGGCCUAUCUACCCUCCCGCGCGAGCACGGCUUCAAGGUCGUGCUGACCGGCGAGGGCUCCGACGAGCACUUCUCCGGCUACCCCUUCUUCCUGCAAGACAUGCUGCGCGAGCCCGAUCUCGCCACCCCCGACUCGGCCCUGUCCAAGGACGACGAACUGCGCGAGCGGUACAGGGAGAUGGCCCAGAAGGGUCUCGGGGAGGUCAUGUUAGCUCGUGCCGGCGCGUUCCGGCACCGGCCGCUCGGCGACGAAGCGUUUCGCGACCUGAACGGCGCCAGGCUGCUGGACGCGCUGCAGUUGUGGCAGCCGAUGCUCGGCGUCUUCGCGCCGUGGGUGCAGGAGCGGUGGCCCGGCACCAGCGUCCAGCUGGCCCUGGCAAACCAGAUGCCGCCCGCGGCCAAGGAGAAGAUGGCGACCAAGUGGCACCCCUUGCACACGUCGCACUACCUCUGGAUCAGGACGAUGCUGGCCAACAACCUGCUCACCUGCCUGGGCGACCGCACCGAGAUGGCGCACAGCAUCGAGGCGCGCCCGCCCUUCCUGGACCACGUGCUGUCCGAGUACGUGAACGCGCUGCCGCCGAGCGUGAAGUGGGCGUACACCCCGGACGCCGAGGAGCGCAACCGGCUGCCCUGGGCCGGGGGCAACACCAAGGCCGGCAACACCAAGGCCGUCACCACCUUCUUUAGCGAGAAGUGGAUCCUCCGCGAGGCCGGGAAGCCGUACAUCACCAAGGAGCUGUACGAGCGCAAGAAGCACCCGUACGUGGCGCCGAACCGAUGGCCCAAGGACGGACCGCUGCACAAGAAGCUGAGGGAGAUCUGCACCGAAGAGGCGGUGGGCAAGCUGGGAUUCGUCGAUUGGGAAGUUGUAAAGGGAGCGCUGGACAGGGCCUUUGGCGAGGACGGUGACCCCAUGGCCUUUAGGAUCUUGCUUGUCGUCGGCGGCUGGGUGUCGAUAGGCCAGCGCUUUGGCGUCAAACGGGCCGAGCCGAAAGCCGAAACCAACGGAAUCUUGAAUGGAAAGGUCUGAGAGAGAGAAAAGGAGAGAGAGAGAAAAGGGGAGAGAGAGAGAGAGAAAAGGGGGGAGAGAGAGAGAGAAAAGGGGGGAGAGAGAGAGAGAAAAGGGGGGAGAGAGAGAGAGAAAAGGGGAGAGAGAGAGAGAGAAAAGGGGAGAGAGAGAGGUGGAGAGGAGAGAGACAAGGCCAUCGACCAAAAGGGCUAUACUCAGAAGAUGGGCCAGAUAAUUAACAGG